CAAGCGGGAACUUGCAGAGUUGCAGCUGAGGGGAGUGCAGAAUUAGUUUUGAUUGGUGAGAUAUCGCCGCCGUCGCCGUCGCCGCAGAAUGCCAUGGAAUUGGCUUCCCAAUCGCAUAUCCACCUCUUCCUCCUCCCUACUAAACCUAACUACUCACUCUCAUCACCUCAUCUUCGCUGCCGUACCAACUACUGGUGAAAUAUCUUUCCAUCGCUCGCCUUCCUGCUAUUUUGAUUCAAUUUUCACCAUCUCUUUUUCUCUGAACAAGAGAGCCUAUCCUCAUACUUAUCGUCUCCGGCGGAAUUUGAAAUUUGCUCCGUUGGUGCCGCGGUGCUCCUCGUCUGUUUCAAAUGGGGAAGGUAAAGGAGAAGAGGAAGUAAAAAUUGGUGAAGCAAGGGAUGCGCUUUGCGAUUAUCUUCAACAACUUGGGGUUUCCACGGAGGAAGCCAUGGAGAUCGUUCUAGCUGCUCCCAACUACCUGCGGAUGCUGAUUGACAGUGUGCAAGACCUCGACGAACUCUCCUUGUGGAAUUCAUGGACCAACUCUGCCGCCGCAGUUCCUCACUCACAGCUAACGCCGCCUCCACCUCCGUCUUUUAGGACUAAGGUCUACGAAAUGGCUCAACAGAAAGGUGAUAAGGGUAUGCUUCCCUACUUAGAGAGCACUGGCCUCACUCUCUCUUCUGCAACUCACCUUGCUCGCUAUCUCUCCUCUUCCCACACACUUCCUGACCUCAUUCGCAAGGUUAAAUAUUUGAAGGAAGUAUUAUUUUCUCACAGUGAUGAUGAAAGAAGUACUGGCAAAAGUGCCCAGCGAAUGAUGACGCAUCUAUCUAUUUCUAUUGAUGAAGAUGUGCAACAAACCUUGUCAUUCUUUGAGAAGAUCCAAGCAAGGCGUGGAGGUCUAGAGUUGCUAGGCUCCAAAGAUGGUUCUUUCCGAUAUCUUAUUGAAUCAUUUCCACGCCUUUUAUUGCUGCCCUUGGAGACUAAAAUGAAGCCCAUCCUGGAAUUCCUUGAGGAAAUUGGAAUUGCCCAUGGAUUCAAGAGACAAAUUCUACUACUCUUUCCGCCAAUUAUUUUCUAUGAUGUUGAAGAGGACAUAAGACCAAGAUUACACUCUUUUCUUAAAGUUGGUGCAACUGACAAAGAUUUUGGCAAGAUGUUACUCAAGUAUCCAUGGAUUCUUUCUGCAAGCAUUCUGCAAAACUAUGAGAGGAUCCUAGAUUUCUUCAAUAGGGAGAAGGUACCCAAUGCUAGUGUAGCCCGUGCAAUUAAAAGAUGGCCACUACUUUUAGGUUGUUCAGUUGACAAGCUGAAGUUGAUGCUUGAACAAUUUCAAGACUUGGGCAUCAUAAACAAGAAGUUGGGUAAGGUUAUUGCUACAAGUCCUCAGCUAUUGGUGCAGAAACCUCAGGACUUCCUCAAGGUGGUUUGCUUCCUUAAAGAUUUGGAAGUUGAUGAGGAUACCAUUGGUAGAAUACUUGUUCGCUGCCCUGAACUCUUUGCUUCAAGCAUUGAGAAAACUCUUGAGAGAAAGCUUGGUUUCCUAAAUGAUAUCGGAGUUUCUAGGCAUCAUUUCCCCAGGGUUAUCAGGAAAUAUCCUGAGUUCUUAGUAUGCGAUGUCGAUGAAGCUUUACUUCCAAGGAUAAAGUAUUUGAUGCAUGCUGGGAUUUCAAAGCGGGACGUAUCAUUCAUGGUCCGUAGAUUUUCACCAUUACUCGGGUACAGCAUUGAAGAAGUUUUGAGGCCGAAGCUUGAAUUCCUACAGAACACAAUGGGAAAGUCGAUAAACGAAGUGGUGGAUUAUCCAAGAUACUUCAGCUACUCGUUAGAGAAGAAGAUAAAACCCAGAUAUUGGGUGCUCAGGCGUAGAAAUGUAGAUUGUAAAUUGAAAGAUAUGCUAGGCAAAAACGACGAGGAGUUCGCAGCAGAGUUUAUGGGAGUGGAAAGGAUACUUGUUCCCCUUCCCCCUUCACACUAGCUCUUGCUCGCUCUCUGCAAUACUUGUAAUAAUUUCUAAUGAUUAAUGAUUAGUUUGUUACUUUUUGGGCCA